AUGGGAGGAGUAUGUUCUGAGCCCUCACCUGAAGCCUCCCCGUCCUGUUGGUGUCAGCUCCUUGAAACUGAAGCAACGAUAUUUUUUAUCCAUGGAGGCAACCAGAGCACAAAUCAUCUGUACCAGCCUCGGGAAAUGAUGAGCGGAGUUUACGGAUGGCCAGAAGCCACGCAGGUGUUUUGGGCACUCUGCCCCAGAGACUGUUUCCCUGUUGAACUGAUAACUCUACUUCUUAGAGCUUUCCAGGGGAAAAAGAAGAGGAAAAGUGUCUCCAGUGUUUCCAUGGAGGAGCCCUCUGCACUGCCCGUGGUUGUCGUCUGUGGAAAGGGUGGGGCUCACGUCACCUCUGCAGAGUAUCACCUAAGUCUCAGGACAACACACCAGGACUAUUUCACAACGGCUGUUUUGUACCAAAUCAACUUGAAGGUUUUCAAAAUGGCGUUUUUAAAUGGGAAGUUAAAAGCUGCUAUACUUCUACUUCUUCUUCACACGGGUGUCACAAAUGCAAUGCAAGUAACGGCAACCGGGCCUCAGACGAUUAGGAAAGCCCAGGGGGAGGCAGUGACCAUGGGCUGCACCUACUCACCCGGCUCGGAGGACAUAGGGGAGCUGGACAUAGAGUGGUCCAACGUCAGUCCAGAUAUGACCCAAAAGGAUUCUCUGAUCUUGUCGUACACUGGAGGCAAAACGCAUUACUACGGCACCUGGGAUCUGAAAGACCGGCUGACGUUUACUGCUGACCCUAAGAAUGGUGAUGCGACCGUCUCCCUGUCCAACAUCCAGGCUUCAGACACCGCCACAUACCAGUGCAAAGUGAAGAAAGCCCCCGGCGUGGACACCCGCAAAGUCACACUGGUGGUGCUGGUUCCCCCGUCGAGGCCUAAGUGUUGGGUGGAAGGCGGCGAGGAGAAAGGCAGCUCGGUGUCUCUGCGCUGUAAGUCCUCAGAGGGAUCCACACCUCUCUCUUAUUCAUGGACAAGAGAGUCAGGAGGGUCCAUGCCCCCCGCCGCCACCCAAGACUCGUCCACUGGAGAGCUGUUGAUAAAGAACCACACAGACAGCUACGUCGGGACCUAUGCGUGUGUGGUGACAAACGGCGUGGGCUCAGGACAGUGUAAAUAUGCACUGCGCGCGUACAACCCCACCAAUAGAGUGGGAGUGAUAGUGGGUGCAGUCAUCGGGGCCCUUCUGCUGUUACUGCUGCUCCUACUGCUCAUCUGGCUCCUCAUCUGCUGCUGCAACAAAAGGAGAUAUGAAAAAGAAAGAGCAAAUGAAAUCAGAGAGGACGCCCACGCCCCAGAGAGCCGCCCCACCAGCAGAGCCACCAGCAGAGCCACCAGCAGAGCCACCAGCCUGCGCUCCGUCCUGAGCUACCACACACACCAUGGGGUCCAGUACAGCGGCGUGAGGAGCGACAUGUCCAGCGUCCGCGACCCCAACGUCAUCUACGCAGGGAACUCUGUGCGCAACUCACAACGCCCCAACGGCGACCACAAACACACGCACUCGCUCAAAUAUGACCCCAAAUAUGGAUAUCCGGUGUGA